CGAGUGGUUUUACCUGUUCCGCCUGCUCUCCUUCCCCCGGCCCUCCUCCAGCUGCUGAGCCGUCAGGAAUCCUGCUCGCUCCCCGUCUGUCCUCAACCAGGAGCUGCUCCUUUUCACAGAUAAAGGAUAUCUCUUCUUUUUCCAUUUAUUACUGUUUAGUUUUUUUUUUUUUAAUUAUUCCUGCCAUUUUCACCUUUAAUCUGCGCUGGGGGAGUGAGUUGUUUCUUUGGUGCUUUAAUUACUUUUCUAUACUGUGAAAGUGGCAUCAGGAUAUUUGCUGAGCGUGAGAGAGACCCACCGCCCCUGAAUGCAGCAUGGGGUCUGACGAUUCCUACAACUUUGUCUUCAAGGUUGUUUUGAUCGGGGAAUCUGGCGUAGGGAAGAGCAACCUCCUGUCCCGCUUCACCAAGAAUGAGUUCAGUCACGACAGCCGCACAACCAUCGGCGUGGAGUUCAGCACGCGAACUGUUCAGCUGGACAAGUACAUCAUCAAAGCUCAAAUCUGGGACACGGCGGGGCUGGAGCGCUACAGGGCUAUCACUUCAGCGUAUUACAGAGGAGCAGUCGGAGCACUUUUGGUCUAUGACAUUAGCAAGCAACUGACCUACCAGAGUGCCGAGCGAUGGCUGAAAGAGCUGUACGACCACGCGGACCCCCACAUCGUGGUGAUGCUGGUGGGAAACAAGCGAGACCUGGAGAGCCUGAGGACGGUACCGACAGAGGAGGCCAGAGACUUUGCAGAUAAAAAAGACCUCAUGUUCAUGGAGACAUCUGCACUGGACGCCACCAAUGUGGAAGCUGCCUUCAACGAAGUUCUCAAAGCAAUCCACUGCAAGGUGGCCAGCAAAGAGGUGACCCGUGGUUCCAUCAGCGCCGUGACCCUGUCCAGCCCCAUCGGAGCAGCCAAUGCUCAGGAGGAGCGCAAGGGCUGCUGCAACAGCUCCUAAACACACGUUGCUGCUGCAACAGCUCCUAAACAGAUGUGUUGCUGCCACCGUGACAUCAUGCUUGACUGUUGUUAGUGUUCAGCCUCUCCUUUACUCUGAAGAUUGAGGCAGAGCAUUAUUCAGACCUAUUUGGAUAUAAAAUCUGUACAGUUUGCAGUAAAAUGGUGAGGUACAUGCAAUUUUGUAUCCAUAUUUUAUAUAUAAUAUUGUCUUUAAUGGCUGAUUGGCACGAUAGAGGUACAAUGUGCAAUUUUUGUUUCUUUUUUUAUGGUUUUGAAGAUGCCUUGUAAAGUUACUUUGAUUUUACAAAAGAAUGCACUGGGAUUAUCUUGGAAUAAAUAAUUAAAAACA